GAACAGAACCCGGAAGUAAACGUCCAUGGACGGAUAAAAUGUUAGCAGGAAGCGAUAAAUUCAUAUUUAUCUUCUCCUGAAUAGUUAUGGGGCAGUUAAAUGCAAUAGUUUGCAGACAGCACGAUUUGGCAGAGAGGAAAUCCGUGACUAGCGAGUGUCAAAUAAAUGGUCAAAGCUGCCCUUCAUCUAGGAAGACCCUGAGACCAUGAGACCCUGAGGAAGAGGACUGUAUGCAGAAAUAAGCAGAGGGUGAAGUCUCCCUUAAUACGACACACACACACGCGCGCGUGUACGCCCCAUCGCCGUGUCGCCAUGCUGGCGGUGGCGUACGUGACGUUGGCGGUCCUGGCGCUUCUGUGCGGCGGGUUGGAGUUGGUGGCCCGUCGGGCCUCACCGCCGCCGCAGCCCGGGCUGACGGGCGCGGCCAACCCGGCCUUCCGCGGCUUCCAGGCGCUGUUCCUGCGCGGCUACCUGCUGGCUCUGUGGGCCGACUGGCUCCAGGGGCCCUACCUGUACAAGCUGUACCGCCACUACAGCUUCCUGGAGUCCCAGAUCGCCAUCCUGUACGUGUGCGGCCUGGCCUCCUGCCUGCUCUUCGCCCCGGUCGCGGCCUGGCUCCCGCAGGCCGUGGGCCGGAGGAACACCUGCCUGCUCUUCUGCCUGGCCUACUCGGCCUGCUGCCUCACCAAGCUGUCGCGCGACUACUUCGUCCUGGUCCUGGGCCGCGUGCUGGGCGGCCUGUCCACCUCCCUGCUGGCCACCGCCUUCGAGGCUUGGUACCUGCACCGCCACCUGGACGUGCGCGACUUCCCGCGCGAGUGGAUACCCGACACCUUCGCCCGGGCGGCCGGGUGGAACCACGGGCUGGCGGUGGGGGCGGGGCUUGUGGCCAACCUGCUGGCGGAGUGGGCGGGGCUGGGGCCGGUGGCUCCGUUCCUGUUGGCCGUCCCCUGCCUGGCGGCCUGCGGCUGGGUGGUGCUGUGGGACUGGGGGCGGGAGGAGGCGGAGGGAGGGGCGGGGGCGGAGCAGAGCGGGCCCCUGCUGGGCGCGGCGGCUGCGGCGGCGGCCAUGCCGCCCGGCCCCCGGCUGUCCGCGCGGGCCCGGUUCUGGCGCGCCUGCCUGGAGGGCCUGCGCUGCCUGCUGUCGGACCGCCGCGUCGUCCUCCUGGGCGCCGUCCAGGCGCUCUUCGAGAGCGUCCUCUACAUCUUCGUCUUCCUCUGGACGCCGGUGCUGGACCCCCACGGCCCGCCGCUCGGCAUCGUCUUCUCCUGCCUGAUGGCCGCCAGCAUGGCCGGCUCCGCCCUCUACCGCCUGGCCACCUCCUCCGCCCGCUGCCGGCUGCAGCCCGCCCACCUGCUGUGCGCGGCCGUGCUGCUGGCGGCGCUCUCCUUCGCCGUGCUGACGGUUUCCACGGCGCCCGGGCGGCCCCGCCCGCUCCGGUCCUUCCUGGCCUUCCUGCUGCUGGAGCUGGGCUGCGGCCUGUACUUCCCCGCCGUGGGCUUCCUGCAGGGCCGGGUGAUCCCCGAGGACCGGCGGGCCGGCGUGCUGGCCUGGUUCCGCCUGCCGCUCCACCUGCUGGCCUGCCUGGGCCUGCUGGCGCUGCACGGCGAGGUGUCGGGCAGCGGGGCGGGCGAGGCGGGGGCCGGGACCCGCCACAUGUUCGGCGGGUGCGCGGGGAUGAUGGUCGCCGCCCUGCUGGCCGCCGUCGGCCUGCUCGCGCUCGCCCGCCACGACGCCGAGCUCCGCCUGGAGGGGACGCGCGGGGAGGGGGACAUGUGACCGCGGGGGAACCUCGGAAACGCCAGGCUGACUGCGGUCGGGGUUCCGCUUUUGAGGGAGGACAGGAACUCGCUUUUUUGCGUUCACAUAGAGAACCCACUGGCAGAUUCAAACAAUAAAGGACCUUUUCACAGGCUGGGAAGUUCUUUCUCUGCUGUUUUAUUAUUCGUUGGUGUCUGAAGCAGGACUGUGGGUGUUCAGCCUUUUAUGUUUUACCGCUGUUGAGAUUGAGCUUCCCUGUUCUCAGCAGGGUCACCCUUUAGAAGGGAAAACAUGUGCCAUUAUUAGGCUAAUGCUCCUGUUAGCUAAGAGGGUCCAAGCUGGGGUGGGGGGGGGGGGGGGUUUGCAAGAGGAUCAGCUGUGCGCCCGUGCUACUUCAGACUAUAACAUGGUAACCACAGUGUGGCGCCAGUGAGUCAGUCAGUGCAGUCUUUUUCCAGUGUGUCCUACCCAGGCACUCUGGAAUGAAGGUGUCUGCUUCGGUCGGUGGAAGAGUGAGAGUUGCUUCACUGGAAUGCAGUUGACACUGAGGGGAACGCCCAAGGCAAACAGCGCUGUACUCCACUCAGGGCCCUACCCACUGCAGCGGCAGCCGUUUGAGUAUAGCUGUCCAGCGCCUGUGAGGGUGGAGCUGAGGGACUCGAUGGAUAUCCAGACUGAGAGCAUGCUGUAGGCCAAACGUGUCUUCUUCGGAGGGCAUAACAUGAUCUGUUUAAGUAUGUCUGUAUAGGUACAUUAAAUUAGCUGUUUUAGAGUACCUGCAUAGGUGUGCUAAAUGAUCUGUUUAAGAGUACCUGUACAGGUACAUUAAAUUAUAUGCAUUGAAGUACCUGUGCAGGUAUGUUAAAGGUGCAUUAAAUGAUCUGCUUUAGUAUAACUGUCCAGGUGUACAUGAAUGGGUCACUCCUAUGUCCCCCAUAAUUAAAAAAUAGGUUCCGUUUUGUGAGGAGAGAAUGGGGCUUCAUUUACCCACUUUGAGCCAAUGAAUGUGUUUCUGUGGCGGAUUGGAUUGGCUGGCUGCUUUGCGUGGCUGAAUGGCAAUAAACUGAGGAAUAAACUUCUUCAUGAAGCCUGACUCCCAUCACCAGUCCGGUCACUGUCUGUUCCUUUGUUGCUAGGCUGAAUAGUGGGGAUGAAUGAAUAAUGAAUUUGAGUGUAAAGAUGGAUGCAAAUCUAUCCAUAUUUAGAAUAAAUGAGCAACUUGGUUUAAUAAACCCUGUGCAAUGUUUAUUAUUACUGUACUGUCAUUGCGAAAACGAGGUCUGGGUCCAACAAGCAUGAAACACAGAGUACAGUGAAUGUUACCAUGGUGACAGGUUUCCAUGUCAUUUUUACAUUUUUAUGAGUCCUUAUUUUCUGUGGUAAAUAUUUGACUGUGUAUAAUUACAUUUUUCUCUUAAAUGAAACCUUCACUUUAUGGACACUGGUUCUUAACGAGUUGUGCAUUCUUAUAAUGAUAUUUUUGUAAUGUACACAACAGAGAAAAGAAAAAUUGUUUAAAAUAAUAUUGUCAAGUGUAUACUGUGUAUAUCAUAUUUCAUACCAAGGAUCUCCGUCUUCAGUCCAGGAGGGCUGCAGUGUCUUCAGUUUUUGUGGUUAACAUGGAGUCAACCAUUUAGAACAAAGGUGUGUGGACUUUGUAGCCAAUCUCCCUUCUAAAUGAAGCACUUAAAUGCAGGAACACACCAAAAACCAGUUUGAGUGUAAGAUCCCUGUUUUCUAACAUUCCAUUUGUUUUUGCCUUUAAAUAAUUUGUGUUUCAUUUUAAAAUAAUUGAAUGGUGGUUAUAAAGGACUGCAAGGAUGUUUGCAUUAUAUUUUUAUUAUGGUUUUAUCUUUUGAUUAGCUAAAUUUGCCAUGACUUUUUUUUAAACAAUUAGGCGCUUACUGCAUACCACAUCUUUAAUAAGUUAAAGGCAUACUAUGCAGGAUUUUUACCUUGAAAAUAUUGUAUGAUAACCAUGCUGAGGCAUAUGAUGCACUUGCAAUCUUUGUCUUUGUGCACCUUUACCUGUAUUUGUUAUUCUAAAAUGUGUUCGGGACGUUUCAGGGUGUGGCGCCUUUUCUGUGUGGGGAGGGGUGGGUGUGGCAGCCGAACUUGCUAGUGAAGAAGUCCAGAUACAGUGAAGCAAGAAGAGAAGCCGACAGGACUCGUUCAAGAUCUAUAGUUAACCUUGGAAUUCCUUUUCCUCAGUGUCAUCAACUGAAAUUAGCCAAGGGGAUUGAAAGAGACACGGUGUUUGCUUGUUGAACCUGUUAGAUACGUUACUGGCAAUGUGAAGCUGGUGACAAGAAAGACUUUUGCAAGGUUUUAUCAUUUUCAAAUUUAGUUCCAACAAUAAAAUCGCUUGUGUUUAACAUAAUGGAAUUAAUUAAGCUAUAAUCGCAUCUGCCUUCUUACUGUUGAAUUUCACGGUACUGAUGUUACCUCUAGCUAUCCAGCAAGCUACGUUUGGUGGGGUAAGUGAGUGGGUGGUGUUGAAGGUGGAGAAGGAGACUUCUUUGAUUGUAAACACAGGAUAAGAAAUCCUGCAUAGUAUGCCUUUAAAAGAAAGUUUCUUAUAAGAACAGGGAUUGAAACCUGCUGUUCGGAAGGUCCGACCAGGAAGCGAAUGUAAAAGGUUAAAUUCACUUUAAUUUAUGCUGUGUCUGUCCCUCAGCCUUUCAGGUGAAUGGUAAUGAGACCUGUCCCAUGUGCCAAGAGCAGCUGCAGCAUGGCAGGUCUGAGGUGCCAGGAAUGUUCCAGCAAUAAUCUUUCUGCCUGCAUGAAGCCAGAUAUUUGCUGUGUGCACAUAAAAAAUAUCCAGUGAAGAAAUCUGAAAUAAAACCAUGCACGUC